AACCCUGUCCCCCUUUCUCUCUCCCUACAGACCACAGUAUGGACCUGAUAGUGAUGGAUGUGGCUGUGAAUGCUGUGGCGGGGGCUCUGAAGGCCUUUUUUUCUGACCUACCUGACCCUCUCAUCCCCUACACCCUGCACCCAGAGCUGCUUGAGGCAGCCAAAAUUGUGGACCACAUAGAAAGACUCCAAGUGCUGAAAGAAAUAGUGAGGAAGUUCCCUGCAGUGAACUACGAGGUGUUUAAAUACGUCAUCACUCACCUGAACAGGGUGAGCCAGCAGAGUAAGACCACCCUGAUGACGGCCGACAAUCUAUCCAUCUGCUUCUGGCCCACGCUGAUGCGUCCCGACUUUGAGAACAAGGACACACUCUCCACCACCAAGCUCAACCAGUCUGUCAUCGAGUCCUUCAUCCAACAGAACCACUACUUCUUCUACGGCGGAGACAUCCAGGAGAGCUCCAGCACCGAGAGCACCCCACCACCCCACCACUGUCACAGCAUGGUGGAGGCCCUGAGGCCCCUGCAGCUGCCCCCUCCUCUUCAGCCCCAGCAGAUCCAACACAGUAUGUCCCUGCAGCCUGAACCACUCAUAUAGACCCCCCACCCACCCACCCAUCCCCCCCAAGCCCCAGGAUUGGGGUAGGGGUAAGGCUGGGCUGGUGGGGGGACAUAGGGUGAUGUGAUGUGUCCUCUUUUCCCCUCCCUUUGGAGUCCCUCUGACUGCAAAACAAAACAACAACAUUACUAAAUGAUCAACUUUGUUCUCUGCUCCCCUUUCUGGGCGACUGACUGGAUUCAGGGGUGACUGACUCAUCGAGCUAUCCCCCAGGAACAAAAGACAACAUCAAAACAAAUGUAUUUUUUGUCAUUCAGUGCUGUACAGUAAUACACAGUAAUAAGGAUGCUGUAUGCCUCCAGCAGAUGGACAAAAACAUGCGAUGCAAAAAUGAUUUGCUAAAUUCUACAACACCUUCCAAAAUAUAAGUAAAAUAUAUUUAUACUAGUUGUGUUUUGUUUUUUAAACCCUUUAUUCAUUCAAGUGAACUUGACGUUAGAUGGUGCACCAUCUGUUAUGAUACUUCUACCAGCGUAGACAUUCUUCUGCUUGUUUAUUUUUGUAUGAUUUGGCAAUGAUGAUGAUGGAUUCUUGUAUUUUUACCAGUAUGAUUUACAUUUUUAUCUGAACGGUUUGAGGGACAGAAAGACAGUGAACGUUGGCAGGCUUUGUCUCUCUACCUGCUCCCAACGCCUCGCACUGUUUGGGAGGGAGGGGACUCUAUGUGAAAGACUGAUGCUGUACUGCACCAGACCGGGACAUAAGACAGACAGACAGACUGGCCUCCUAUCUCCUAUUGGAGCAGAACUCAUGCAAUUCCUGAAGCUUAUGAAGGAAGCAUCCCACUACUAGAACCCUACUGGCACAUCUCUGUGUUAACUCUCAAAUGAACGCAUUGCAAAGCAGUCUCGGUCUCUCUUGUUUUGUUCUGUUCUACUUUUUUUGUGUAAUUGAUGAAAUGUCUUGGCGGUGGUGAUACUCACCAAUAAGAGACCUUUGUGUUGUUCUUCUGUUUGUUCAACUAAAUUUGCAUGUAUUUUUUUGCCUCCAAAAAAAUGAACAAUAAAAAAAAAGACUGAAUUUACAACUCAAUAUUAACCGCUUUCAUUCAGAUGAUAUUUUUUUUAUCUAACUUGAUUGAGGGAACAUUGAAACAGGGCUGAAAUUCUAUCUAUUGUUCAUUCAUUCUUUUUGCCAUGAAAGUUAACUCUUAAUAUCAUAUUUUGGUUAUCUGUCUAAUUGUUUCCCUUAAAUAGAGGGGGGAAAAUUAUAUAUAAGUAUAUAUAUAUAUAUAAGUAUAUAUAUAUAUAUAAGUAUAUAUAUAUAUAUCAGCAGAUAAGAUUGCUGAUAUAGCAAAAUACCAUGGGGUACUGAAAUUCUGUAUAAUCUUGUAAAACCUACUAUAAUCAGAUUUAUUUGUGGUUUGAUGUACAAAAAAUGUUUGGGUUAGAUUAAUUGACUGUGGACUUAAUGCCAUUUAUCUUAUGAAUAAAGAACCAUUGCUCCUUUGUAAAUGGUACAGAAUUUUGUUUUGCUAUAAGUAAAAGAUGCUGCUUAGAAUGUUCUGGAAAGGAAAAGUGUAAGUAGAGGGAGAGAGGAGCGUGGUGGGAUGAAGGGGGAAACAGAUUGACAGAUCGAAGACAUUAUUAAGACUCAAGACUAUGCCUGUGACUUAAAUGGCACCCUAUUCCCUACGUAGUUCACUACAUUUCACCAAAGCCCUAUGGAUCCUGGUCAAAAGAAGUGCACUAUAUAGGGAAUAGGAUGCCAUUUCAGACAACCUAUUAUUGUUAUUCUUCUCUAUAGAGACACUCCAGAUAAUGUGGUGGAAGGGGAGAAAGGAGUGUGCAGCUGCUAGAUAGAAUAUACCUUUUGUGUUGUUUCAAUAAAACGCAACCGUAUUUUAUUCAUAAGAUCUGCCUCAUUCAAGCCGGUGUACAAACUCUUAAGAUUUUAACAUCUGCUAUGUAUUAUAGUAAAUAAAUGAUUUUGAGAAGAAAAAAAAUUGAGUUUGGUUUACUUUCAUAAUAAAGUUUUUUUAACAUUU